AAUGGCAAUUGCAACCAUGACAGCUCCUCUUCCAAUUUCCUUGUUCCCUUUUCUUCUUCUCAUUACCGCUAUCUGUUUUACCAUUUGUGCUGCCAAUUCCAACGCACUUUGCAUUCAAAGUGAGAGAGAAGCUCUUUUGAAAUUCAAGAAUCAUCUUAUUGAUCCUUCAAACAGGCUAUCUUCAUGGGUUGAAGGUUUGGAUUGCUGUGAAUGGAUUGGUGUCGUCUGCCAUAACUCAACAGGCCACGUCCACCAACUGAACUUGGCUCCUACUCUUUCAGAGCCUGAUGAAUUUGCACCAUAUUUUGAAUGGGAAGCUUACGAGUGGUCAAAACUAGGAGGCAAAAUAAAUCCUUCACUGCUGGAGUUGAAGCAUCUCAGUUCCCUGGACUUGAGCUAUAACAAUUUUAGCAGCAUAUAUAUCCCGAAAUUUUUUGGUAUGCUGGGGAGUUUAACACAUCUUAACCUCUCUCAAACUGGAUUCCUGGGAGGAAUUCCUCAUAACCUUGGGAAUCUCUCAAAGUUGCAUUAUCUUGAUCUUGGAGGUAAUUAUCUCAAACCAAAAAGUCUUCAAUGGGUUUCUGGACUUUCUUCCUUGCAGUACCUUGAUUUGAGUGGUGCGGAUCUUUCUAAUGCAAAUGAUUGGCUACAGGUAACAUUCAAACAUCCUUCUUUGUUAGAGUUGCGCUUGUCAAAUUGUGGUUUAGAAGAUGAUCCAUCUCCGAUUAGUGUUAAUUCUACAAAAUCACUGGUUAUUCUUGAUCUUUCUGGGAACGGCUUUUCUUUAGUACCUAAGUCGAUAUUUAGUCUUCAUUUUCUUCUGUCUUUUUAUCUUAAUGAGAAUUCUUUGGAAGGCCCAAUUCCAGAUUACUUUGGAAACAUCUCGUUUCUUGAAGUUCUUGAUCUUACUUUGAAUCAUCUCAAUUCAUCCAUACCCAAUUCCUUGUAUAGUUUAAACCGUCUUCAGUUCCUUAGUCUUAGUGAAAACCAGUUACAAGGAACAAUCUCGAGUGCCAUUGGAAACUUGAGCUCUAUUACUCACCUUGAUCUUUCUUCAAAUUUCAUGUUGGAGGGAAGAUUACCAACCUCUCUGGAAUAUCUGUGCAAAUUGAAGGAGAUGGAUUUGUCAUAUAAUAAAAUUGAAGAUGGAAUAUCAGAAAUCCUACAGAGUUUGUCUAGAUGUUGUUUGGGUUCCUUAGAGUCAUUAGAUAUGGCAGAUAACCAACUUUCUGGUCAUUUAACUGAUCAACUUGGCCAAUUUAAAAAUCUAGCUUAUCUGUCCCUUGCUAGAAACAAAAUUUUUGGUCCCAUUCCAUUGUCGAUAGGGGAGUUAUCAUCUUUGAAGUUCUUUGAUGUUUCAGAAAAUCAAUUAAAUGGAUCUCUUUUUGAAUUAGUUUGUAAUUCACCAAGUAGGGGAAGGAUGGAAGUUCUUUACAUUGAUAAAAAUCUCAUCUCAGGAGAAAUUCCAGAUUGUUGGAAUCAUUGGCAGAAUUUGGGGCUUUUAAAUUUGGGAAGCAACAGUUUGACCGGUAAAAUCCCACCUUCUUUAGGGCAUAUAAAUCUUUCAAUGCUAAACCUUCGGAACAAUAGCAUGUUUGGAGCAUCGCCAUCCACGUUGCAAAAUUCCAGUUUGAUUAUGCUUGAUUUUAGUGAAAAUCAUUUCAAUGGAAAUGUACCAGAAUGGAUUGGAGACAAGCACUCAAGACUUAAGGUUCUAAGCCUUCGAUCAAAUCAUUUUGAUGGCCAUAUUCCUCAUAGAAUUUGUGAUCUUCAAUAUCUUCAGAAUUUGGACCUUGCCCAUAACAACAUUUCAGGCACUAUUCCAAAAUGUUUUAGUAAUUUGACUGCAAUGGCCAACAGAAGCAACCAAAGUAACUAUAUUUAUGAGUGGGUAAGUACCAGAACUACUCUCUUUUAUUUAAGUGCAUUAUUAGUGCUGAAAGGACGAGAGGAUGAAUACAGUGCCACACUAGGGCUUGUUACGAGCAUGGACCUUUCAAGUAAUAGUCUCACGGGAGAGAUUCCAAAAGAAAUUGGAAGUCUCAUUGAGCUACGGUCAUUAAAUCUAUCAGCGAAUCUCCUAACAGGAAAUAUACCAAACGAAAUUGGCAGCAUGGAGCUGAUGGAAUCUCUUGAUUUGUCCAUGAAUCGAUUGAAUGGUGAAAUCCCUCCAAGCAUCUCCAGUUUGAAUUUCUUGAAUCACUUCAAUGUGUCCUACAAUAACUUGACAGGACAAAUCCCAAUAAGCACUCAGCUACAAAGCUUUGAAAACUUUUCUUACAUGGGCAAUCAUCUUUGCGGACCUCCUCUCACUAAAAAUUGCAUCACAAAAGGUAUUCCAACUGAUGUUGCAAAUAAUGGAAGUAGCAGUGAAGGAAGUAAAGUGAAUUGGCUUUAUGUGAGCAUAGUUCUUGGCUUUGUAAUGGGAUUUUGGGGUGUAGUGGCUCCCUUGUUUUUCAGCAGGUCUUGGAGGCAUGCAUACUAUCGGAAGUUGGACCAUGUUGGUCGAAAGCUGUAUGUGUAUUGGGCUACUAUGGGUAUGUAG